GUUGGGCUAAUAUAUAAUUGACGUCAAUUUCAAUAAAAUGGAUCCUAGCCAUCCCAGUAAGUAAAUCACCCUUAAAAUCCCUCUAAAACAUUUCUCAAGACCUUCAAAUUCUUCCCAAACCUUCCUUAUCCUCAAAACCCUCAUCUACACUCACGAGCAUCGUACUAUAGAAGCCCCCAGCUCAGACUCCCAAAAUGAAGCAGCACAAAAUGAAGAAGAGAAGCAGCCACACAACGCUCAGCAGCUUACCACAGAAGAGCACAAACAGCCAGAUAGCGCAAAAGAAGAAGAACUAAGUGAGGAUACCCCUAAAAUCGAAGAUGAGGAAGUGGAAAAUGGUGAUGAAAAUAGCCCACAGCAGCCUGAAGAGAUAGCAGAGGAAAGUAAAGCCAAAGUUGAAGAGGAGGAAUCUCAUUUAAAUGGAGAGUAUGACCCAAAUGCAAAUCCUGAGCCAUUCGAGCAAACAGAGGUGAUCGAGGAUUACCCAAUGCACGAUCUAUACACAAAGAAAAGAGUGCCUUAUAUUGAGAAAAAUAAUGGGUCGAUAAUGGUGAAGGAGAAGAACUAUCAAAAAGCAAUCGAGUUUUACAAUAAAGCUUUGUUUUCAAUCAAAAUUCUUACUGAAGAUAGGGAACUAAAUGUUGGAGAAGACUACAUUGUAAAAGUAAUCAAGGAGGUAGAAAUGCCCAUAAACUCUAACCUUACUUUAUGCUACCUUAAGACAAAGGAUUACGAAAAUGUAAUCAAGUAUGCUGACAAGUACCUUAGUGUAGAGCCUGAUAGUGCAAAAAUUCUAUACAGAAAAGGCAUGGCUUAUACUUUCCAAAAACAUUGUGACUUCACAAAGGCUAAAGAAGCUCUAAUGAAAGCUUAUAAGAUAGCCCCUAAAGAUAAGAUGAUACUUGAUGGGCUUAAGACUUUCAAAGAAAGGAAAUAUGAAUAUAAAUACAAAACACAGAAGAUAUGUGAGAAAAUCUUUGAUAAAACUUCUAAAAAUCUAUAUGAAGACAAGAAAGAGGAGUCCAAAGAAGAAUCUUCUAAAGAAGAGACAAAGGACAUAGAUAAGAUUAAUGGCAUGCAGAAAGGAACUAUCCCUUAUUAUAUCAGGACCUCUCUUGAGCUCGGAUUUGCAGUACCCCUGGUGUUUUACAAGUUCUUUGUGGAAAAACCUGCAACAUUCUGAAUAAAUACAGGUUGUAAAUUGAUCACUCUCCCUGACCACCUGCCUUGUAUUGGAGGCUGCUGAAAGAAAACAAGAAGUAACCUAGCAUCUGUGGCAAGGAACACUCUUGGAAAGUAUCUUGACAGGAAACCAAAGGAAGGAGGGUCAGAUGAAGAAGAGACUAAGGAAAACUUCAAGAAAAAUCAAUAAUCUUAGUGAUAAGUGAACAUUAGACAAGCUAAAGUUGAAUCUUUUCCUGGACUUCACAGAAACUUUUUGGCCAUACUUACUAUUUCAAUGGAUUGCUCUUUGAUAUUGACUAAAAAUUAGUUCCCUCUUUGAAAAAUUUGAGACAUUGAGGAGGAUAGAAAAAUUGAGAGCCUUAAACAACCCUAUCAGCCUAAAUUUAGUAGAUAUUUAUG